AUGUCUGAUUUUAGUAAUAAUAAUCAAAAUCGUUCUCCAGAUGUGUAUGUUGGUGCCUUAACUGGAGCUGUAAAAGCAUUAUCAUUUAAAGAAGAUACGUUUAUAAAUUUAAAUGAAAUUAGUGAACUUAAACCAAAGGAAGAUGAAGUUGUUAAAAUGGCAUUUUCUGAUAUUGAUAAAAAAGAUUUUCUUUUUGUAACAAGAGGAAAAAAAUUUAAUUAUUAUAAUUCUCUUUGUAAUUCUGUUUCUACAAUUUUUGAAAAAAAGGAUACAUUAAAGGGAAAUGUUUGUGGAGUUGCUGUAAAUGGUGAUUUAGAUAUUUUAACAGUAACUAGUAAUGGAGAUAUUUUACUUUUAAACAAUAGCGGUGAUAAUAAAUUAGACGAAUGGAAUAUAGGACCUGGUUUACAGGGAUUUGCUACAGAUCAUUAUAAUGAUAUUUCGGUAUUUGCUACUGGAGGUAAAGAAAAUGAAUUAAAAGUAUGGGAUUUAUCGACAAAACAAAAAAAAUUUGAAGCUCGUAAUGUUAAACAUGAUAAUCUCAAUUUACGUGUACCAGUAAAUAUUUUAAACAUCUCUUUUGCUGGAAGUGAAGAUAAAAUUGUAACAUCAACAAAGAAUCAUAGGAUUAGGAUGUAUGAUUCAAAAGCUCAACAAAAACCAGUUGUUGAUAUAUCAUGGCUAGAAAAUCCAAUUACGGCAAUGUCUAUUGGUUAUGAAAAACAUUAUGUAGUUGUUGGUAAUGCAAUUGGUGAGAUGGGACUUUUUGACUUAAGGACCCAAAGAUUGGUUCACAAAUAUAAAGGAGCAUCUGGAAGUAUUCGUUCAAUUGUUGCUCAUCCAUAUUUACCAUAUGUUGUGUCGGCAGGUCUUGAUAGAUUUGUUCGCCUUCAUGAUAUGAAAAAACAUGUAUUAAUUAAAAGAUAUUAUGGUAAAGUUCGGCUUUCUGCUUUACUUGUACAAGAUACAUUAUCAUUUAUAAAUGUUAAAAAAGAAGAAGUUUAA